AUGUCUAUGGAAUUCGAGACCAGCCUUGGGCACACCUACACUAUGGACCGUAUGGACCACUCGAAUGGUUUCCUCAUCGAAACUCCCAUGGACAGCUACCUCCAAUAUCCUCCUUCUCCGUCCUUUCACACGUCGUCUUUGCUUCCAUCGUCUCCGAUGACCUUGAAUCUCCCGCUCGGAGGAGAGUACACUUACUCUCCUGAAACCUACGAUAUUCGCCCGCUGAGCCCUCUCGAGACCACAGUCGUCUCCCCUCCAUUACUCGGGUAUACUCUGAGCGCCGCCGGCGACGCAUCUUCUGAUGAACAGCGAUCAAACAGUGGUAGGCAUAGCCGUGGUUCCAACCACACUCCCCCUCCAACUGUUCCCUAUGCUGCGACUGUCCCAAGGUCGCAUCGCUACAACCCGAUCGCAGUUCCCAGUCACGUCACUGCGCCGUCUGCCACACGGGCCAGUGUCAGGAGAGCGCGAACUACCAGGAGCAACACCAUGCGAAGCAACGAUGAAUCUGAUAUUGAGGAGGAUGAUCACGCGUCAUCUGGAGGUGUCGAUCUGAAGCGUGAAGCUGUUCGAAGGCAACGUAUUGAAUCCGAGCAAAAGCGACGAGACGAGCUCAGAGAUGGGUACACCAAGCUUCGUGAAGCUUUGCCCACUGUGAGCCAGAAGUGCAGCAAGGUCCUCUUGCUCGAUCGUGCCUCUCAACACAUCAAAGGGCUCAACACGCUCAAGAUGAACCUCGAACGUCAGCUCAAGGCUUCCGAGGAUGAAGUUAACCGACUUCGCAGCGUCAACGAGGCUUUAAUGCUCGGCACUGCCAGCCAACGUCAUGCCGCCCGACAUGGCAUUGCACCUAAUGGUGGUAACCUGCAUCCCCAACAGUUCUAA